AUCGCGGGCGUGGGAAGUGCUUCCUGGAGCACCGAGGAGGUCACAAAUCAUGUGACGGCAGCUUUUAGAGGAACUUGUCUCAGAAGCUGUCCCUGAAGUGACAGCUCAGAGAACCAGGCAGCCCAGAAACCCAGGCGUGGAGAUUGAACCUGCUGGAGAAAGGGGUUCAUCAUGGCGGAUGACCUAAAACGAUUCCUGUAUAAAAAAUUACCAAGUGUUGAAGGGCUCCACGCUAUUGUUGUGUCAGAUAGAGAUGGUGUGCCUGUCAUUAAAGUGGCCAAUGAUAAUGCCCCAGAGCAUGCUUUGAGACCUGGUUUCUUGUCCACUUUUGCCCUGGCAACAGACCAAGGGAGCAAACUUGGACUUUCAAAAAAUAAAAGUAUCAUCUGUUACUAUAACACAUACCAGGUGGUUCAGUUCAAUCGUUUACCUUUGGUGGUGAGUUUCAUUGCCAGCAGCAAUGCCAAUACAGGACUAAUUGUCAGCCUAGAAAAGGAACUCGCUCCAUUAUUUGAAGAAUUGAGACAAGUUGUGGAAGUUUCUUAAUCUGGCAGUGGUUUCAAUGUGUAUCUUAUCUUCAUUACAACAGACACAGUAUCAAUCCAGCAAUCUUUACACCACAACAAUACCUGCGUCCAUGUACUCGAGAAAGGGCCCCCUUUGCCAGCUUACACUGAAGACAGAGCCUAUAGAUAGACUUUAUGGACAGAUUGAUUGUUAUCUUUUCUUGUGUAGAGUCUUUUCUUAGUGAGAUUGGGGGAUACCACAGAAACGGUUCAGUCUAUCCCAGCUCCCAUGGAGUUAGUCCAGUCACCAAAUAUGCAUGAGAGUCUAUUCGGUGGGUCAGAAUCAAAAUGGUACUUUGAUCCACUUGAGCCGUGAGGUGCUCCCUGUUGUACAGUACGCCAGGCCUGCAGAGUGCAGCAGACUUUUUAUUGUGAAUAAUGAGUACAUAUUUUUCUUCAUAUUGUUUUCUCUGCAUUGAGUGUGAGGAAGAUAAAAUGGCUUAGUAAAAGUAAUAAAACCAGUACAAUCACUAACUUUCCUUUGUGUAUAUUAUUUUGCAGUAUAGGCGAGCAGUACUGAUUGAUUCGAUUCUUCUCAGAGGGUGCUGCUCUUUAAUGGAAAUGAAGAUGAUAGCUAAUGGUUUUUUCUUCCACUCCGCUUUCUAUAACCAAUCAGUUUUUUUUUAAUGUUUGUGUGUUCUUUAUAAAAUUUAGAUAUGAUUCAUUAUUGAAUUCUGUUUCCAAUAUUGGUAUGUAUGUAAACAUGAUAGUAUAGCCAUUUUUUUCAUACAUGAGUAUAAAUAAAAUAGUAUUUUUUAAAAGUA